AGGGAGAGGGCCGAGAUGUUUGUGCUGCUCACGUCGAGGGUGGUGCUUAAACCUUCGCCUCGCUUUCUCCGCUCUAGGCUGGUCGCGUCCGGACGCGCGUUCUUGAGCGAAUGGCGGGUGCUGAUGGGGUCCCUGAGGAUUUUAUGAAAAUGGAAAAUUAUGAGGCAUUUGUAGGCUUUGAUCUCUCUAAGAUACCACUCUCCACUGUUGCUCAGAAGAUUAUGUCUGCUAUGCAUUCAGGUGAUUUAGUGGAGUCUAAGAAUUGGAGAGAGAGUGAAAAGACUGCAGAAGUGGUAAAAAAGUCCAGUGUUAAGAAUUCAGUAGUACUUGAAGAUGGGAAGAAUCAAUCACUGGGAAAAAAGAAUCUUAGUUCUUUUACAAGCCAGACAUCAAGAGCUUCUGUCAAACUCUCUUCUCAGUUUUCCAGUAUCAGACUCACAGAUCAGCUGUCUACUGACCAAAAACAGAAGGACAUCAACUUGUUGGCUCCUUCCAGUUGUUUAAUUCCACAGUGUAACCAAGAGGCUUCAGUUCUACAGAAACUAGAACAUAAAAGAAAAUAUUCCCUAAAAGAAAAUAUAAAUAAUGAAAAUAAGGGAAGCAUGAAUCUUAAAAGAAAACAUAUUACAUACAAUAAUUCAUCAGAGAAAACAAGUAAACAUAUGGCAUUGGAAGAAGAUGCUGAUGAGGUUGGACUCUACCUAAAUUCUGGGAACUCAAGAGCAUUCAAAAACCAUUUUUGUGAUAUUAGGUAUUUGGAUGAUUUGGAGAAAAGCCAGCUGAUUGAAAUGCUCAAACAGGCAGUAGCCUUGGCGCUAACUCUGAUAUAUAAGGAUGGUUCAACCCAGCUAAGAGCUGACCAGGCUCUAGUUUCCCCUGUUAAAGGAAUUGUGAUGUUACUACAGAGCCACACAGAAGGCAGCAGUGGUCCUCUGGAUGCCUCAGCCUCUUACUGUGUUCUUGAGGAAGGCUUCACACCCAGUGAUCAGUUUAUCUACAUAAAAACAGAGCUCUCUUGUAUUUGGAGCCAGGAACAGGAGGCACAUAGUCAAUUUGCCAGGGAUGUGCUGUUUCAAAUACUGAAAUGUAAAUGUCCUGUUAUUUGUUUUAAUGCAAAGGAUUUUGUGAGAACAGUGCUACAGUUUUUUGGUGAUGAUGGCAGUUGGAAGCAUGUUGCUGACUUUGUAGGGCUAGAUCCCAGAAUCGCUGCAUGGCUUAUAGAUCCUAGUGAUGCUGCUCCCUCUUUUGAAGAUUUAGUGGCAAAAUACUUGGAAAACUCCAUCACAGUUAAAGUGAGCAGCACAUAUGGAAAUUCCUCAAGAAAUAUUGUGAAUCAGAAUGUGUGUGCGAACCUGAGGAUACUCUACAGACUUACGAUGGGCCUUUGUUCUCAGUUGAAGAUUUAUGGUUUGUGGCAACUAUUUUGUACUUUGGAGCUUCCUCUGAUACCAAUUUUGGCAGUAAUGGAAAGCCACAACAUUCAGGUGAACAAAGACGAAAUGGAGAGGACUUCAGCAGUUCUUGGGUCUCGUCUCAAGGAAUUGGAGCAAGAAGCCCAUUUUGUUGCAGGAGAACAGUUUCUUAUAACAAGUAAUAAUCAGCUUCGAGAGAUCCUCUUUGGCAAGCUAAAGCUGCACCUGCUGAGGCCAAGGGAGACUCUUCCCAAAACGGGGCUGCAGGGACACCUGUCCACAUCAGAAGCCAUGUUAAAUGUUCUGCAAAACUUUCAUCCAUUACCCAAGAUAAUUUUGGAAUACAGGCAGGUUCACAAGAUCAAGUCAACCUUUGUGGAUGGAUUACUAGCUUGCAUGAAAAAGGGCUCCAUUUCUUCUACGUGGAAUCAGACUGGAACUGUGACCGGAAGACUAUCAGCCAAGCGUCCCCAGAAUAUCCAGGGUAUCUCCAAGCAUCCAAUUCAAAUUACUAAACCUCAAAAUUUUAAAGGUAAGGAAGAUGACAUCCUCACCAUCUCCCCGAGGACCAUGUUUGUCUCAUCUGAAGGCCACACCUUCCUGGCAGCAGACUUUUCACAGAUUGAAUUGCGCAUUCUUGCACACUUAUCUGGGGAUCCAGAACUUCUGAAGUUAUUCCAGGAAUCUGAAAGAGAUGAUGUAUUUUCUACCCUGACUUCACAGUGGAAAGACAUUCCCUCAGAAUGCGUGACCCACGUGGAGAGAGAGCAGACCAAGAAGGUGGUGUACUCGGUGGUCUAUGGAGCAGGGAAAGAGAGGCUUGCUGCUUGCCUUGGAGUUACUGUUCAGGAAGCUGCCCGGUUUUUGGAGAGUUUUUUGCAGAAGUACAAGAAAAUCAAGGACUUUGCCCAAGCAACCAUUGCCCGAUGUCACCAGACAGGCUAUGUGGCGUCCAUCAUGGGCAGAAGGAGACCACUGCCCAGGAUCCGUGCACAAGACCAGCAGCUCCGUGCACAAGCAGAGCGGCAGGCGGUGAACUUCGUAGUGCAAGGCUCAGCCGCGGACCUCUGUAAGAUGGCCAUGAUCCACAUCUUCGCUGCAGUGGCCACUUCCCCCACCCUGACAGCCAGGUUGGUCGCCCAAAUUCACGAUGAGCUGCUGUUUGAAGUGGAAGACUCACAGGUUCCUGAGUUUUCAGCUCUAGUCAGGGGAACCAUGGAGUCCUUGCAGCACGUGCAGGCAUUGGAGCUGCAGCUGCAGGUGCCCCUGAAGGUGAGCCUGAGUGCCGGCCGCUCGUGGGGACACUUGGUGCCUCUGCAGGAGGCCCCAGGCCCUCGGCCCAGCCCACGUCCUGCUGAGUCUCCAAGCAACCGCCUAGCCACUGCAGGGCCCCUCGUCAGCACCUACCCCCAGCGCGUGCAUUUUUCGCCUUCAUUUUGUCUGUAGCCCCAGGCAACAGCAGGAGGAGAGAACUAGUUUCCACCAGCCCAUUGUGUGGCCUUCCCCAAGGUCAGCGGCACUUUGUACCAGCUCUGUGGCUAGAGCAGACCCUGGCAAGGGCCACAUUCACCCCCUGGGUCAUCCCCUGGAGUAAAUGUCUUAUGCAAAGCUGUC